AGCUCGUGUUGUUUCUGGGUUGAUGCCCUGCAUUAAUAUUCUUGAGAAGGCAAACGAUUUUAAUAGCUUUUUUAAUUUUCUGAGCAAAUAUGAUUUCAUUGGUUACCUCAACUACAAGCUAUUAAAGAAACUAACUGAACUGGUUAAAGAUGAUGAUAAGCUAAACCAGCAUUUUGUAGACUAUGAAAAAGAUUAUGCUAAGUUACUCAGUUCGGUUUCUUUUCAAGAUUUGAUACCUUUCUUUGAGAAACAAUCAGACCUGUCUCCUACUGCUCCCCUUGGAUUACCUUAUGUUUCCUUUUGUAUUGAAAAACCUGAUUCAUUUACUAAUGCUCAUGAUUGCCUCUCAACCUUUGAUAAAUUCUCAUGGUCACAAGAUACAUUUUUUAAACAAUUACAAAGGAAAUGCAUUAUCAUCACUUAUGCUAUACUACCAUGUGUUCUUGAUGAUGUCAUGAAAGAUCUCAAGGAUCCAGUGAUAUUGAAGGAGCUAGAGGAUAAAGGAGUUACUAUAAUUGAAUUACCACAAGAAGAAGAAGAAAAUUUUGAGGGCAAGGAGGAAGACCCACAGAUUGAAUCCACUGCUAAAGCAGAACCAAGGGUUGAUGCUUCUUCAAUCAUACAGACCACAUCAUCUGAGGGAAGCAUUCCCACCACAAGCACUACUACUUUGAGGCUUGAGGCUGCAUCAAUUGGGAAAGAAGCGAAAAGUUCCAGUCUG